ACGACAAAUAUUCAGACAGCUGUGCUGUAAUGUCUGUCUUGUAGAAAUGUAGAGAAACUGAUAAAUUACGAUUAUUGUUGACAGUUUUUUCGUGCUGUUGUUUUACGUAGACAUUUUGUAGUAGAAGGUUUAAUAAUAUGUGAUUCUUCCUCACAGUUUAGUUCAUCUGUAAUGAUGUUUUUGAAUAAUAUUCAAAGUGUAGUAAUGUAAACAUGGCGGUCUUCUGUACUGGGUGUUUACAUCACGGUUUACAUGCUUCAAGAUGGUUAAGAUGAGGUUAUGAACAUAUUAGGUGCGUUGAUUCCAUGCGCACUUCAGAGGAGCUGCUGGCCGGGCGAUGAGCGUAUGACAGACAGGAUGGGAGCGGCGGCUUCCACACCCCCCGGAGAUCUCUCUCCCCACCACCAUCACCAUCAUGCGCAUGCGCAGUCACCCAUUCUGCCCUCCAACACGUCUGACCAGUUGGCUGUUGUUGUCAGGGAUCGCAAGAAAAUUAAAACUGGGUUUGCUACGCUCCGAAAGAAAUUUAUCCGUAGAAGACGUUCAUCGAAAGCGUGUGACCAUGGUCGAGUCAUUCGCGAUGUUGUGUCUGAUUGGAGUGCCUUGGAGAUCGCAGCGCUGCUGGAAGAGUACGAGGCGCUGGCAGCACUGAAGGACCUGUCAAUGCAGGCAGAGCUGGCCCGCCCGCCGGCCGCCACCUUCAAGCAGGACCUGUCCACUCUGUACGACUUCAAGUACUGCACCGAUGUCGACCUCAUCUUCCGCGGCGCCUGCUUUCCCGUGCACCGGGCGCUGCUCUCCGCGCGCUGUCCCUACUUUCGCGAUCUGCUCGCCGGAUGCCCCGGGUACGGGGCACGAAUAUGUUUGGAGCUGAGAACACCAGGAGUAGAUGUGGAAAUGUUUUCUGCUCUGCUGAGGUACUUGUACACCGGUGACAUCAGCCCUCGCGAUGGAAACAUUGACUUGAACCUGCUGAGGCGGCUCGGCGAAGAGUUCGGGACACCUAAUCCAUUAGAAACCGAUCUAAGGUACCUCCUGGACACGGGUGACUACGCGGACGCAGCGCUGGUGUUCACGUCGGACGCGGGGGCAGUGAGCGGCGGCGGGGGCGGGGGUGAUUACCCCCACCACAGCAGCAGCAGCAGUAGCAGCCAUAGGCCUGACUCGGGCAGCUCCGAGUACGGCUUCCGGCCGAAGCUGGAGCUACCCUGCCACAAGGCCAUCCUCAGCGCAAGGUCACCCUUCUUCCGCAACCUCAUACAGCGGCGCACGCGCUCUGGCGAGGAGCACACCGAACGUGCUCUACACAUUCCUACCAGAAUCGUAUUAGAUGAAAGCGUGAUACCGAAACGGUAUGCCAGAGUCCUGCUGCAUGCCAUAUACCUGGACACAGUCGACCUCUCACUCAUUCUGCGAGGAAGCGGCUGCGGAAGUAGUGCUGGAAGUCUUGGCGAGGUGGAAGCCCUCACGAAUACAGGGAGAGCGCGACCGAGUCCCCUGGAGGAGGCGAUGGAGCUGUAUCAGAUCGGUCGAUUCCUGGAGCUUGACAUCGUGUCUCAGGGCUGCGAGGAUGUCAUCCUAGAAUGGCUCAACCUUGAGUCGCUGCCUGGUGUGCUCCGGUGGGGCAGUCAACCUCAUGGAUCUGCCUGGGUUCACAGGCAAGCGAGACACUACCUCCGCGAAGAAUUCUCGUCAGUGGUGCAGUUGAAUGUGCUGUACCAGUUGGACAAGACGCAUCUGAUCGACGCCCUGCAAUCGCACUUCCUACAGGCCAGCGAACUCGAGAUACUGCAGGCUGUGCUCAAGUGGGGCGAAUACCACCUCAUCAGAAGAAUGGAGGACAGAGAGCCGAACCUGUUGAACCACACGGCGCACUCUGUGGCACGCAAAGGCGUGAAGAAGCGUGACCUGAGUGACGUGGAGCUGCGUGAAAUCCUGUCAGAGCUGCUGCCUCUGGUGCGCAUGGACCACGUGGCGCCGGCGCAUUCGGACACGCUGGCGCAGGCCAUCCGGCGCGGCCUAGUGUCGACGCCACCGUCGCACAUGAUUGGUGGUGGCGCCGACCAGCGCCCCGCCUGGGUGCGCCCCGCCCAGCCCAACAGUGGCGGCCUCUUUGUGCGCCCGCGCCUCUUCAUGCCCUACUACGAGGAGAUCAAGACGCUGCUCGAAGAUCGACUCGUGCAGGAGGUGGAACUGCGCCUGCGUUUGCGGCGAGCGCGCUACAUGGCUGACAUCCCGGACACACUGUACAUGGUGGAGGAGAAGUGUGGCGGAGGCGUGGGUGCGGGGGUGGAUGUGGUAGCGUCGGCCAUUGCGGCGCCCGACUCGGCAACAAUGGCGGCGCUGCUCCGGCGCGAACACAAGCUACGCCGCGCGCCCGGCUGCCAGCGCGCCCUGGCGCUGCCGCUCUCCUCGCGCCACGAGAUCAACCGGCAGAUUCGGCUCAGGGUCGUGCGCGAGUUCAAUCUACCCGAUCAGGUGGCGGAUCUGCUGGAGAACACUGCCUGCUAUUGCUCAGAGGAAGACGAGGCGGUUGGGGGUGGUGGAGGCGGCACUCUGAUGAGAGGCGGCUACUCGCGCCGCCCCUCGCCCGGGCCCACGGGGGGCGGUGGCCGCCUUCCUGUCCCCACCUCCCACCCUCUGCCCGCCAUCAUCACCGAGGGCGGCGACCUCUAUCACUCGCACUCACACGCACACACUCGCACCGGCAACGACUGUUGCGGAGUCGCAAUGGUCUCCGAUCCAGGAGGCGAAGGCGGCGUAGGUCUGUCGGACAUAAUGCCGGACGUUGCCAUGGCAACAGCGGCAGUGGGGCAGGGGGGAGGAGUGGGGGGCGGUGGCGGAGUGGGGGGCCUGCAGGAGCAGUUGGACCAACUGGAGUUGGACCUGGGAGACGGACCAGCACACCACUACCACCACCGCACCACGCACCCCUACCAUCGGCCCCACCACCCGCACCCGCUGCAGCCGCCUCAACGAUUCAUAUAGCAGUCCAACACCUGCUGAGGUUGCUGUAAAGCUGCAUUAUCAACUGCCAUUUCGCGUGAGUGUUUUAAUCUGUUGAGGACCAUUAUUAAAUUCGUUGAACUUGAAAGGAACUCGUCAUGUUUGUACUUAAUAUUAUUGAUCGUGACAAAUCUAUUACUAUAUUACAACGGUAUUGUAAAUAAACAUAAAUGUGUGUAAUAAAUAACAAUGUAUAAAAAACAAAGUUGAUCAUUAUGUAAUGUUAUUAUAAUUAUUAUCAUCAAUGUCAUUAUCAUCAUUGUCAUCACGACUAUUGAUAUAAUUUAAAUUAAAGGAAAUUAUACCUAAAUGUAAGUAGGUAAUAAAAAAUGGAAAUAUAUGUUAUACUAGAUUAUGCUGUGAUUGUACCGGUAUUCAGAGAACGUUAGAAUAUGUCAUGUGUCAUUUGAGCCUGGGCUUUUGAAUUAACGCGGAAAUGCACAUUUGUUACUCUGAAAGGAAGCUGAAUUGUUAGUUUGGUGGUUGAAAGAUUUGUUGAUUUUUAAAUUAUUAUUGCACGAGUUUCAUUUUCAAAUUUUUAUUCAAAUUCCAAUGUUUGUCCAGAAUUUUUAAAUUUAUCAUUAAAAUAUUUUGAAACGUUUUUCAUUCUGACCAGGCUACUAUAAUAUGGAGGAAAUAGAGUGUGUGAAUAUGUGCUUCUGUAUUUAUUGAUGAUGCGAGUGUGUGAUAAGCUUGUACCCCUCUGGUGCUGUCACGUGAAAUCUCAACUUUCAAGUUUGAAGUGAUUUCCUACAUUUUAGAUAGAACUUUUUUUAUAACUAUUCUAUCAAAUUUCGUAUAUUUUGAAUAAUAAUUUAAUAAACUACCCAUUAUUUACACCGUAUUUAUUAUACUUUGCCUGAUGCAUUACUUCUCAUUUUUUUCAUAACUGAUUAUAUAUCUAAACUAUAGAGCUCUAAUAUUGUUUACUGUUCUGUUGAGAAAUAAAUAGAUUUAGUUGAGCUAUCGCUAUGGUACCUCAAAAAUUUAAACUGUUGUUCUAUCCUAUAAAAACUCGGUAAUAUGAAGAAUUAAAUUCUGCAUCUCGAGCAAUAUUGAAAGAAAUUCAAGUUACAUGUUGCAAUAGUUGUAUUGAUUGAGUUGGCAGCAUGUGGAGGAUCGGGAGUGCAGUGCACUACAUCUCAAUCUUACUGCUGCUAAAAUACUUGAAACUUCAAUUCGAUUUUAUAGUGAUAUCGUUACUUUAUUUAAAUAAUUCAUUAGAUAAACUAAAUUGAAUAGCAGUUUCUGAUCAUUAGUUAUGAAAUGCAAUUGACUUUAAAAAAUCCUCUACGCUACGGUUGUCAUUCAUGAGGCUAAUAUUAUACAGUAUAAUUUGUAAAUAUUAGCGUUGUACAAACAUUACAUCAUAUUUUUACAUCUCAUUCUAAUAUGCUCCAAAGAAGAAUGAUAUCAUUCCUCACAAUUAUUAUUAAAAAUAAAUAAAAUGUCACAAAUUCACAUCAAUUUUUCUCAAUCUAAAAUCAAAUUCUCAAAUUGAUGAUUAUUAAUAAGUAAAGUAAAAAAACUCCAUUCCCUGCAAUUUAUAUAGUCUACAUCUAUGAUUAUCUGCGAUAGAUUCUGGUAAUUGUCUAUCUCAAAAAAAUCCUGUGAUUAAAACUUAUCACUUUGUUACUAUUUAUAUACUCUAUUAUUUUAUAUAAUGUACAAUAUUAGCUCCAGAUGAUAUUAACAUUUUUUCUAACAAACAUCACAAUUAUAUUUUUUUGUUACUACCUUGCAAUAUAUUAUUUUGAUUCUACUAUCAAUGUCUGUGUGUAUUUGAAAAUGUGAGUUUUUAAAAGAUUUUUUAUUUAUGAAUGCUUUCGGUGUUGUGUCGAGUAACUGUUGCUUUGAUUGUUUCAAGUUAUUUGUUUGUUGUGAAAUAUUUUUUAGAGUUUAUUGUUUUACACUUGGGAAAAUACGCCAUUCAGAUUCAUUUAUUUACAUUGUUUUUCAGUUUUAUAUCUCAAACAAUGCACUGUAUCAAUAUUCUGCAAUUAUUUUGUAAAGGGUAGAAAAAUGAUGAGUUUGUUGAUAACAAUUCAAGUACUACUAAACUGAACUUUGUGAUGUAUUGAAAUUCACUUCAAACUGUAAAGCUGAGUUUACACCAAAAUUAUUAACAAAAUGUUAAUAACUCAAUUUUUAUAGAUUCAAGUUCCGUUUAAUCUAAUAGAAUCUAUAAGGAUUAAGUUAUUACCAUUUUGUUAAUAACUUUGAUGUAAACGCAGCUUUAGCAUUUGUAAGAUGGGAAGUGUUUUUAUUCAUAAGGAAUGCUGACUGUUAAAAAAGAAUGUCACUGCAGCGUACUCUAACUCGAUUAAUUAUUAUUCUCUGUUAUCCGCCAGUCAUUGAGUUGGAUUUCAUAUUCUGUACCUUGAUUUAUGUCAUAAAACUCUUGGUAAAUAGUAACCAGUAAACAAAAUAAUAUAAUAGUAAACAGUUAUAUAUUUGCAGUAGGCUAUCUGUUUUUAUAAUAAUUUCAUAUCAUCAACUGUACAGUUUUAGAGUACAAUAUGUACUGUUUUGAAUUACUGUAAUAAUAUUACUAUUGUACGACAAUUAUCCGUCGCAUUCACAUGGGUUAAUCUCCUCCAUUUUUUGAAUUCAACCUCUUCUCAAGGAUUUUUCGCUCGAUUAGUUGAUUGAGGUCUGAAUUUAUUAAAAAUGAAGAGAAUUGAAAAUCUGAAGAGAAUUAUAAAAAUAUUAAUCUGAAUUUUGCAGAAUAUUGGAACAGUUCUUUUAUUGUAAAUGACAUUCUCGAAUUUAUUCUGGUAUUUCAGUAUUAUGAACCAUUUCUUGUUAAUAGCUAUUCUUUUUAGAUAUAUUUUUUAUUGAAAUGCUUAAUGAUUUUAAAUUGAUUGCAAAUAGGUUUUAUUUUAAAUAACUCAAACUAUAGCAAAUAGAAAUCUGUUUGUACCUCCUAAUCAUAUUAUAAUACUCGUAAAAUUGAUAUUAUUUUUGUAUUCUAUAUUGUUAAAUUAAAAAUGUAAAUUGUUAAAAUCUAUAUUUUCAUAAUGCUUUUUCCCUUAUUUACUAUUAUUUAUUUAUAAAAGGCUUAAAUCAGUUUGUCUAUGACCAACUCAUGAAAUUCUUUUAAUGCUCUUUUCUUUUCAUGUCAUAACAUAUUAGAUUUUAUUUUCAAAAAGUACACAAUUAUUUUGUUUAGUAGUAUUCAAUAUACUCAGUCAUCAAUCAUCAUCCCUCUUUUGAUAAAAUUUUCCCUAAAAAAACAUUCACAUUUUACAAGAAUAUUAUGUCUUCCAUGAUUUUAUCUUCCUUGCCUUUGAUUAAUUAGGCCUCCCUACUCAUAUGAUUACUUUAGUCUCUUUAAAUUGCUCAUCCUUGUAAUUUUGCACAAUAAGUUUCAAUAAAGUAUCAAAUUUUUCGCUCUUUUACAACAAUAUUCACAACUCCAAACACGAGAGUUCAACUCUCGGCUGAUUAAAGUAAUAAUUCACUCCCCACGUGCUGAACACAGCAUAUAUUUUCUUAUACGACUCAGAUUCUUAAUUUUUUCUUGAAAAUUUGAGAAUUUUUGACAUAGUCUGUGAGUACUGUUUGGAAAUAAAGUUUGGUACUAUAAUGGAUGAAUACUCAUAAUGCGUAAUAUUUUUGUCUUUCAUAAUAAUAUUAGUUUUUAAAUACAGCAUAUUUUCAAAAAAGCUUAGAAUCUACACAAAGAUGAAUUUAAGAUUCAGUUGAAUUUAAUAAUAAUUGAAUUCAAAAUUCAAUAUUUUUUUAGUCCGGUGACUAUGAAUACUGCAGGCAUGUCAAGCAGGCUUGUACAGGCAAACCAGACCUGAAAGAACACACUAUCGAUACGAUGUUUACAUCCGUCGAAACGACUUCAACAGUUUCUAACAUUAAAAAACCAUAUGAUUGUCAUUCAUGACAUUGAGCCAAAAUAAUUCAACCUUAAAUAGAGCAGCAACGAAAAAAUGAUUAACAAAGAAUCGUAGAAACUUGUACAAUGCUGCAGGACAUGACUGCAAUAUCGUUAGUGGCCGACUUUACUGAAUAUCAUUUCGCUUUCCAAAUAAUUCAUCAAUUUCUGUAAAUUCAAUUUAUCUAUUCCGUUUCAUUGAUCCCAAUAUGAAAAUAUCCUUGUAUUAUUUUCCUAUUCCUUCUCAAAUGCCUUAUUACAUUCUUUAUUAGUUGUACACUUGCCAAUCAACUUGUUUAGAUAAUGUUUGCCAAUCUAUUAGCAUAACUAUUCCGAUGUUAUAGAAUGCAAUAAAAUUAGCGUGUAUAGGAAAGGGAAGGUGACUAUAGGUAGGAUUAAUCAGAAGUACAUAUCUUUCCAAAUUGAAUCCUAUGUAACUGGCUCGUGUUUAUCGUUUUGAACAUAUAUUACUACGUUGUAAACAGUACAAAGUAUUAUCAGAUAUUGAAUAAAUUUCUAUUUUCCAUUGACGGCUAUGCGAAUAAACGAAUCUGUAUGAAACUAUAGUAAACAGCCAGAGAUUGCAUGAGAAUCUUUAGCCAAUAUCUACUAAUAUUCAUAGACCUAGAUUUACUUGUAGAGUUGAUAAUUUUGUUUUCGCAUGACGGUCGAGCAAAGGGUAGUUUUCUUUCAGGUCCGCAGUGUUAACUAUUAUUGUACAAAUAUAAAUUAACAGGAGUAAAUGAGUGUUAUGUGUUCUGGGCUGUGUGUUCAUGAUGUAAAUUAUCACCAUAGUAUCAGGUUUUUGAAGUACUGUACUUAUAAUUAUAAAAUAAAAAAUGGGGAAAUUGUAUGUACUCAAAGUUGAAACAACUACUGUAUAAAUAUUAUUAAAAGUUAUAGUUUUUUGCUA